GACGUAGGGUCGUAAUGUCAUCGUGGUCUUAAUAUAAUCGUCCUGUUCGGCCGUACUGUCGUCACUUGGAGCCCGUCGGCAUCAUGGCUGUCCUACGUGUAGUCCUCUUCACUGCCCUGCUGGCUACAGCCCUCGCUGAUGAUGCAACGUUUGAUAACUGUACUGAAUCUGACGCCGAAGUGUGCCAAGUCUCAGCAGUGCGAGUGACGCCGUGCCGGAACCCGGGCAAGUCCUGCGGUCUCAAGAAAGGCACAGACGCCUCCAUUUCCUUCGAUUUCACUCCAAACUUCAGCUCAAGCACGCUGAAGACGUACGUGUACUGGGACAGUGGUUCUGGUGACAUUCCGUUCCUGGGCUUCGGGUCUGACGACGCGUGCACAUACACGACCUGCCCCAGCGUGGCUGGACAGGCACAGACCCUCAACUACUCCCUGCAUCUUCACAAGAAACUGCCAUCGGGUAAAUACAAGCUGAAGUGGAAGGUUUGGGAUGAUACCCAGAAGGAACGUCGAUGCUGUUUCACCACCGACAUUAAGUUGAUUAAGUAAUAUAAUUGUAUCUAAAUAAAUAAUUAUUUGUAUAUACUUACAUAUCUA